AUGGGUUCUCAGCCCCGUGAAUCGCUCCCUGUGACAGGGUUGCCUAUGGAAUUGAUAGAACAGGUUGCCAACGAGAUCCUGACAACAAAAACAUUAGCUAACUUCACACGUACUUGUUCCACUGCCAAGAGAAUUGUUGAACGCAACCCUUUGCAGUUCUAUUUAACUGACAUACGCUUUCAAAAGCUAAGGAAAUCUGAUCCAGAGAUUCGGAGACAGUUCUCCCCUAUGAUCCCAAGUCUAGUACACGCAAUACAGCAUGAAAAUCUGGACAACUUCAAGAAAAUCCUUAAGUUAUAUCAGAAAAAGUUAUCGCGGAAAAUUAUUGACACUUGGCCCACCGAUGAGAAUGGAGGUGUCCUUUCACCCACUGCCUAUGAAGCGGUUUUAACUGCUGAGCGUUUCGAUAUAUUCGUUCAUAUGGCCACAGCCGGCUGUGGAUUCACGUACGAUGAGUAUACAAAGGUGGUAACUCAUCAAUUCUACUACAUGUUGAAAGACGGGUUAAGGGAGCGGCUAGUUGCGUUUAUGCUGAUACCGGACUAUUCUGCCUCACCCCCAACAGUGCAUCAUACGUGGUAUCAAUUGCCAAUACGAUAG